AAAAAAAAAGAAAAAAAAAAGCAAACAACAAUUAAUUUUGGAUCCGGACCGUUUGAAGCAAUUUUCACGAACAAGCCUACGCAAAAUCAGCAUACUAUAUAAAUCCAAAUCCACCCCUUGUAUACAAAUCCAGUUAAUCAACCGAUCAAUCAUCAACCCCCUUUGAUUCUGUUAUUAUCCCCAAUUGGGUUUUCAAAACCCUAAUUUUUCAACAUUCUUGAAAUCGGAUCAAUUGAUUGAAAUCGAGCAAUUGGGUGUUGAUUAAAGUGGUUGAAUUGUUGGAAAGUCUGAAUCUUGGCGGAUCUUGUGAUCUGGGUAUGAUGAAAUUGGGGGGAUUGGUUAGAAUUAGAAUUAGGGUUAGGGUUUGUUGUUUAUGGUUGUUGAGGAAUUAGGGGAUUGUUGAUUCAUUAUGCAGCUACACUUCUCACCUAGCAUGAGAAGUGUAACGAUAUCGAGCAGUAAUGGGCUUAUUGAUUUGAUGAAGAUCAAGGUUGCAGCUCGUCAUAUUUCUUACAGGACUUUGUUUCAUACUAUUUUGUUUCUUGCUUUCUUGUUGCCGUUUGUGUUUAUUCUUACUGCUUUGGUUACCCUUGAAGGUGUCAACAAGUGCUCAUCUAUAGAUUGUUUAGGCAGACGUUUGGGUCCAAAGCUUCUUGGAAGGGGUGAUGAUUCAGGGAGGCUUGUUAAAGACUUAUACAACAUCCUUAAUCAAGUAAACACCGAACAAGUUCCAGCCGACCUAAAAAUCCCCGAUAACUUCACACAUCUCGUCUCCGAAAUCAACAGCAACACAUACAGCGCCAAAGAUUUCGCUAUUGUAUUGAAAGGCAUGAUGGAGAGGUCGGAGAAGGAGAUUAGAGAAUCGAAACUCCAAGAACUAAUGAACAAACACUUUGCCGCAAGUUCGGUCCCAAAAGGCAUUCAUUGUCUCUCUUUAAGAUUGACCGAUGAGUACUCAUCUAACGCUCAUGCACGGCGGCAGUUGCCGUCGCCGGAACUACUCCCGCUUCUUUCCGACAACUCAUAUUAUCAUUUUAUCCUUGCAACCGACAAUAUUCUGGCGGCAUCCGUUGUAGUCACUUCCGCAGUCCGGUCAUCUCUAAAACCGGAGAAAAUCGUCUUUCAUGUGAUAACCGAUAAGAAAACUUACGCGGGCAUGCACUCAUGGUUUGCCUUGAAUCCCAUCUCCCCUGCCAUUGUUGAAGUCAAAGGUGUUCAUCAGUUUGACUGGUUGACCCGAGACAAUGUUCCGGUUCUUGAAGCUAUGGAGAAUCAUAACGGAAUUCGAGAUUAUUAUCAUGGAAAUCAUGUAUCCGGGGCUAACCUUGGUGACGGUACUACUCCAAGAUUAUUCGCGUCCAAAUUGCAGGCGAGAAGCCCCAAGUACAUAUCGUUGCUUAAUCAUCUCCGCAUAUAUCUCCCAGAGCUUUUUCCGAAUCUUGAUAAGGUGGUUUUCUUAGAUGAUGAUAUUGUAAUUCAACGUGAUUUAUCUCCCCUCUGGGAAAUUGACCUCAAUGGAAAAGUCAACGGAGCGGUUGAAACUUGUAAAGGGGAAGAUUUGUGGGUCAUGUCUAAACGGUUCAGAAAUUACUUCAACUUUUCUCACCCACUAGUGGCUAAAAGUUUGGACCCUAACGAGUGUGCUUGGGCUUAUGGGAUGAAUGUUUUCGACUUGCGUGCAUGGAGAAAAACCAACAUUAGAGAAACAUAUCAUGAGUGGUUCAAAGAGAACUUGAAAUCAAAUUUGACACUAUGGAAACUUGGAACUCUCCCACCAGCUUUGAUCGCAUUUAGGGGCCAUGUUCAACCGAUUGACCCAUCAUGGCACAUGCUAGGGUUAGGGUACCAGAAAAACACAAGCAUCGAGAGCGUACAAAAGGCUGCCGUAAUACAUUACAACGGCCAAUCAAAACCAUGGUUACAAAUAGGCUACGACCAUCUCCGCCCUUUUUGGUCAAAAUACGUCAACUACUCCAACGAGUUUGUCAAGAAUUGCCACAUCUUGGAGUAGUGACAAUGAUAUAAGAAGCCGGUAUCUCAAUACGAUUCUUUGAUUGGUUAAUCUGCUGAUUAACGCGUCAUUGGCAGGCAGCACAAGUGUAUGAAGAUUCAUUCUUUUGGUAUGUAACAUAACAAUUUCUUUAUUUGGACAAUUUUCGGCUUUUCGGGGGGGGGGGGGGGGUGAGUAUAUUUUUAGACAUUAGGAAUCAUUCGGGGGAUGAAGAUUGAAGAAUGCCAGCUGUCGGAUGUAACGAGUAUGCACCAGAGAAGAAAGUGGCUACCGCUACCCCUUAAAGGUUCAAACUUUAGCCUAAUUAGGUGAAGAAAUCAAUGAUUCUUUCAGUUUUUGAAUUUGAUAAGUCAUUAAAGAUCAUUAUUUUGUUUUCUUUUUUUUAUUUUUAUUUUUUUAUAAAGUUUUACAUAUUUGUGUCCGACGAUAGGUCGGAAGUGCUUUGGGUAGAGAAUUUUUAUUUUUAGAUCACAUAUGGCAAGUAUUUGUAUUCAUGAGGAAACAUUUAUAAUGUGCAGUAAAUUCUUUUUGAUCCGAGAUUU